AUGUUUGCCAAUUUCGAGUGGGACCCUGAAAAUGUCCCCAUGCUGAAGAUGGGCAUACACUGCCUUCAGAUUCUCCUAGCUUUUGUGCUCUGGUGUCUAGAGAUUGCCGUCUUCGUUGGCGACAAGGCAGAAGUGACUGGAAACAACGGCUGGACGUUCGGAGUGUGCUUCCUUUCCAUCCCAGCAUGGCUCUACCUCAUCAUGACCCCGCGAUGGCCGAGGACACGGAAACUUGCCGAGCCGCACGCUAUGCUCGCCGUCGAUGCUAUCUUCACCAUCAUCUGGCUCUCCGCCUUUGCCAGCCAGGCUGCCUACAACACCGCCAACAAGUGUGGCAACGUUUGCGGGCUGAGCAAGGGCAUUGUCGGACUCGGUGUUAUCAUCACCCUUCUGUUCGGUGCCUCCACCGCCGUCAGCGUCUACACCCUCCGUCACUACCGCUUCCAUGGCGAGCUUCCCGGCUACGACAAGCAGCGUAUCAAGAACGACAACAUUGACCCUGAUAAGGCUGCCUUCUCCAUGGCACCCCAUGACGAAGAAGCCUACGCUCCUGUCCAGAUGGACGACCACCCUGAUCACCACACCGACACGGGCUACGGUGGCGGCGGCGGUUUCAACGAUAACCCUUACAGGCCUGGAGGCGGCUCUGCGUACGGAGAGGAUGACGAUCCCAACCGAUACGGCAGCUUGCCCUCCCGUCACAAUGGCCCCAUGUUCGACAGCGAGACGGAAUACAACUCACACCAGACGUCUACGGUUGGGGGCCGCCAGUCAAGUCCCAAUCCCUACGGUGGACCGCGGCAGCCCAGCCCCUAUGCACCUCCAACAGCGCACGACGACUAUGACGACAAUGCGCCUGCGCAGUUCCCCUCGGCUAACUACAACCGCACAUUGCGCUAA